AAAUUAGGAUUCUUCUCAUUUUGUACUAAUUCAAACAAAAAUGUCUCUAACUCUCCAUCUGUUUAGUAAUAUCUUCAUCUAACAACCUAAUACUAUCAGUACUUCGUUAAUGAAACAAGACAUAAGUAAUGGGAGAAAACCAGAAUAUCGGGUUUAGAAAGUUGUCAGUAGUAGAGUCUGUUUCUUCUAGAGAAGAACUUGCACAGGGAACAUAUGCAAAUAGUUAUGAUCUGAAAUUGAAAUUUAAAGAAGAAGAGAAAAUUAUAAGUAAGGUAUCUCAUGAGCACUACACAUAUUUUCACUUAUUAGAGGACUGUCACAGGGUGUUUAAGAUUGGAACAGAUUUCAUUGAUGUUUUUUCUGAUAAUGGUCUUCGAAUAACCUGCGAUAAUGACGUAGAUUUCAUGUUUAGCUGGUAUAAGCUAGAAUGUAUAGUUCCUAUAAUUGUGCUUGAAAGAUAUGUUACUAUAGAAGAUGGUGGUGGUCCUAGGGUUAGCCUGCCUGGAAAUAUGAUUUCUACGCAGAAAGAGAUUGUAAUUCAAAAAGAUGUUAUAACUCAAGAAGAGGCAGAAUUCUUAUCAUUGGCAGAAGGUAUUGAACUGGCAUAUGGUGUUAUACAUGGAGAGAGUGCUACACGGGCAGAGGAAGUUACACAGGUAGCGGAUGUUAUGCAGGCAGGUGUUACAACCCAGACUGAGGGUGUAAUAGAAGAAGAGAUCAUAACAGAGGAAGAACUCGUAUCAAUGGCAGAGUGCGUUACACAGGCACAUGGUGUUACACAUGCAAAAGGUAUUGCACAGGCAGAAGUUACAACUCAGACAGUUAGAGGUAGAACGACAGGUAGAGGGAGACAGAUUCAGAGGAGUAUGCCAAAUGCAAGAAGGUGCAGAAGUCUUAAGCCUCCAAGACUGAAUUCUGAUGAUGAGAAUGAACCUUUCAAUGAGUUUCAAUUUUCCGACAGCGACGAUAAUGAGUGGAUGGAUGAAGAUGAAAUAAAUGAGACUGAUAGUGACAGUGAUAGUUCUAAUAGCGAUGCUAGCAAUGAUGCUGAUUUUAGUGAGACAACGGACGAAGAUAAACUGAGUGAUGUUGGCGAAGGAGAUUUAGAGAAGAGUUCAUCUUCUGAAGAUGAACCAGAAAGCAAGUGUACAAGAAGGAAAAAAGUAAGGGAUCCUCUUAAAGGUUUAUACAGUAUACCAUUCACAGUUGACAAGGAGGAAGAAAUUGUGUUUUGUGAAGGGCAAACAUUUAAAAGCAUUCAGACUUUUAGGGAUAUCUUAGCUGAUUACAGCAUUAAAGGUGGUUAUAUUAUUCGCAAGGAUAAAAAUGAUACCAAAAGAGUUACGGCACAAUGUAUAGGGGCUGAUUGCAAAUGGAGGAUUCAUGGUUCACUAACACCGGAUGGAGUGACGUUUAUGGUCAAAACUCUUAAAGACGAUCAUACUUGCAUACGGGCGAUGGACAACAAAUCAGCUUUUGUUACUGCUAAGUGGAUUGCCAACAAAUUAAAAGAUAGCUUGUAUAUAUUAUUUCAUAACGUUAUUUAUAUAUUAUAGGAAGCUAGAAAUGCUGAAAUUAAUGAAGCCUCAAGAUCUUCUCAUGUGCAACCUGAAGGAAGAAAUGCUGAAAGUACUGAAGCCUCAACCUUCUCAUAUGUUCAGCCUACAAGAGGUAGAGGUGGAUCAAGAGGUAGAGGUGGACAAAGUGGAUCAAGAGGUAGAGGUGUAUCAAGAGGUAGAGGUGGAUCAAAAGUUGGAGGUACGUCAAGAGUUGGCAGAGGUGGUGCAACUCAACAUGGAAGCUUCUCUCAACCAUAGUUUUGUAGAGAUAUUUUAUUUUGGUUUUGAUGAAAUUCCAUGCAUUUGGUUUUGAUGAAAUUUCAUUAAUCAUAGAUAGAGAGGAAAUUGUCUUUUUUUUAAAUUGCUCAUUGGUGCAUAGGUUGUAAAAGCCAUACAUUUUGUUUUCGUUUUGCAUCGAUAGACAUAAUGAGAAAACUGUAUUUUCUGGAAA